AUGGAGCAGCAAGAACCCAGUUGGCCUGGUGUCUUGCAAGAAGUCCUGCCCGCGGCCGCGCGCCCCCUCCCCUCGCCCCCAGCGCCUCCCGCAGCGGCCCCUCCCUCCUCCCCCAGCCCCCAACAGGCCCCCCCACCCCGGGCCCAGCUCCCCGGCCUCACCUCAGGACCCAGCGCCGAGCCGGGGCGUGGGCGCGGCGUCGGAGGAGGAGAAGAAGGAGAAGGAGAAGGAGGAGCGGGAGCCGCAGUCAGCAGGCGCCGGGUAGGACAGCGGCGGCGCGCUGCAGCACCACCCCGAAAGGAGCCGCCGCCUGGGGCUGGAGCCGGAGCCGGAGAGCGGGGCGCCCCGAGCCCGUCAUGGCGAGGCGCGGCCCCGCAUCCCAGGGGCGACGCGAGGGCACCGAGGGCGGCUGGACGCGGCUGCGGGGCUGCCUGCGACUCCCACUACGGCAGUGGUCACACUAGCUCGGCUGAGGCGGCGGCGGCUGCGAAGGCGACACUGGCGGAUCCGCCCCAAGCCCCGCCCCGCCCCGCCCCCGCUCCCUCGAGCCGCCGGUGCCGCCCUCGCCCCCUCGGCGCGUCACGGGACCCGCCUCCCAACCCGGGAAACUGGCACCGCCUGCAGCCAAUGAGGAGGCAGAGUGCGAGGCGCUCCGAGCCUAUAGGAGCGGAGGCGGGCCGGAGCAGGGGAGGGGGGCCAGCGAAGGGGCGAGAAUUCUCGGGGACACCCACACAGCGCACCCUGGUGGCCCAGGAGCCCGAGCCGGCGGGGAGGGUACCAAGGGGGAGGGGGAUGUAUUGGGCCUUGCUAAAGGUCAUCUCGUCUAUGCAGCCCGACCCACAAGCCGGCCUGGAAGAGCCGGGCCUUGCUGGCCCUUUGGCAGCCUGGCCCCGCUCCAGGGCGAGCGAGGGAGGGAGGGCUCCACGUCCCGAGUCACGGGGCCCGGAGGAGGAAUCAGGCUCCUAA